CACACUCAGUCAUACCAUCUCACUCAAAUCACUUGCUCUACUUAUCACUAUCAUCGAUGUCUGCAUCUCUCUCGCGGCUAGCCCUUCGACCAACCUCAAACUCAUUGGCGCUUCUACGAGGUAGUAGGAGGAGUUUGGGACACAUGUGUCAAAGGUCGGUUCAUACCGCCCCUAGCCAUCUUCCAUUUGACCCCACGAAUAAACGAGCGUUCACGAUGAAGUUUAUCACAUACCUCGGGACGGGCUUUGCUCUGCCGUUUGUUGCGACUUAUUGGUUAUGGAACCGACCUGGAGGAUUGAAGAACCCAGACGGUCGAUGGCCGGAAUGGUUACCCUGACUACAUGGCCUCAGACAGUUGCCCGAAUCUCGUAUCAGGGUGUUCGAGUCUCAUCCUGAUCCAGCGUUUGUCGAGAUGUUGAAGCUUGGGUUUUUCAAAGAUUGAACGGUUUAAUCGAUUAUUUGUCUUCGCAAAGUGUACUUAGCUAUAUGGAAGGUAUUGUUGUAGUUAUAGCAUCUAGAUUUCUGCCUCUUUAUGCAUUCGAAUCGUUCAUAUUUAUGUAGUGCGAAAGCGGGUUAUGGUACAUUAUCUUUCUCUUAGCCUCGGGGACGCGGCGGAACCUGCCGACCGAUCCGGACUCCGGAGCUUGGAUUUUUGAAAAUUGAAUUUGGGUCUCAACA